CAAAGAUGAUUGUGAUAAGAUGUGUUGUUGACUUUGGACCCACUUUGCUCAAUCCUUCCUGGGUGUCAGUUCCCGUCGUUGGCUGCCUGUCACAGUGGUAGGUUCUCCUGCUCUCUCUUUCUCUACCCACCAUGAAGAUCGAAUUUGCCCCAAAAGAUGUGCCCCUUAACCGGAGACUGCAGACAGCUUCUGUGGCGCAAUGGGUCUUCUCCUUUAUCCUUCUGGCCCCACUCUGCAUCGUGCUGUUCGUCUUCCUCCUGUUCACACGUUUUUGGCUGAUCAGUGUACUGUACGCCGUCUGGUGGUUUGUGGACUGGGAGACUCCGUCCCAGGGUGGCCGCAGGGUGCCCUACAUGUGUGGCCUCCGCAUCUGGAACUACAUGAGGGACUACUUCCCCAUCCAGCUGCAUAAGACUGCAGAUCUGGACCCCAGGAACAACUACAUCCUUGGCUUCCACCCUCACGGAGUCCUGGUGGCGGGAGCCUUCACCAACUUCUGCGUCUACGCCACAGGCUUCAGGGACAAGUUCCCCGGCUUCACCUGCUACAUGCUCAUGCUGCCUCUGUGGUUCAGAGCCCCCUUCUUCAGAGACUACAUCAUGUGUGCAGGGCUGAUUCCUUCAGACAAGGGGAGCGCCAGUUAUUUAUUAAGGCGAAAAGAAGGCGGUAAUGCCGUGGUGAUAGCAGUGGGCGGAGCCCCGGAGGCCUUGGAUGCCAGGCCUGGUGCCUACAUCCUGCUGCUGGCCAAGAAGAAGGGCUUUGUUAAACUGGCAAUGGAACAUGGGGCCCAUCUGGUCCCCGUCUUCUCCUUUGGGGAAAACGAAUUGUUCGACCAGGUAGAGAACCAUCGAGGCACCUGGCUCCGCUGGAUUCAGGAGAAACUGCAAGGGAUCAUGGGUAUCUCUCUGCCUAUCUUCCACGCUCGCGGUGUCUUUCAGUACUCCUUUGGUCUCAUGCCUUACAGGAAACCCAUCAACACUGUGGUGGGUCGGCCAAUCCGGGUGGAGAAGAACGAGAAUCCUUCCACAGAGGAGCUGGACGCCCUUCACAAGUGCUACAUGGACGCGCUCUACAAGUUGUUUGAGGAGCACAAGGCCAAGUACGGAGUCGACGAGGACACUCACCUCAGUUUCGUCUGAGCAGGACAUAGGACUUGGAGGGAGGAAGGGUUCAGAGGAGGAGGGCGAGAGGCAGAGUGGGGUGUGGAGAAGAGGAUGUGGGGAGGAGAGGGAAGGAGGAAACCGCCUAGGGUUUCAUCUAAAGACAUUUAUACCUGAGCACCCCGACUUUGAGAGGGAGAACAGAUUCACUUUCAUGUUUUCUUCCAAAAGAAAACUCUUGCUGAUACGAGCACCAGCACAUCCAAAAUCAUACUCCAUACUCCAACUGCAGCAACAAGCAUAGAGGGCCUCUGUGUGUAUCAUGUAGAUAGGUUGAAGACACUAGAAUAUCAGUAUUUUGUAUAAACGGAGCAUGUUGGCGAGUUGAAAUCCCAACAUGUCUAAAGAUGAAUUUGACCAUAUUUUUUAUCACAGAAAUUCUGUAUAACACAGGAAAUUGGGCUGAAAGUCUUAAUUUCUUUACCAAUGGUGGAUAUGAUUUCUCUGGCGUAUUUGUAGAAGGUAUCAAGAGUGACACUGAGGACUAUAAUCAUCUUGUCCCUAUAUUUCUUCACUUAAUCCCCAGAGGAAGUGACAUCUGUCUGGAGGAUUUGUGACUUGUGUAAUGCUUCAGAUCCUUUCAAAUAAAGUCAAAGGCUAAAUGGUGCUGCACCAACACAUUUAAUAGGGUGAUGCCCGCAUUUACAGUAUCAAGUCUAUUGGUU